CUUGUUACAAUGUCUGGUCGUGGGAAAGGUGGGAAAGGUUUGGGCAAGGGAGGCGCCAAGAGGCAUCGCAAGGUACUUCGUGACAAUAUCCAGGGUAUCACGAAGCCUGCAAUCCGCCGCCUGGCUCGCCGUGGCGGAGUCAAACGCAUCUCGGGCUUGAUCUACGAGGAGACGCGCGGCGUGCUGAAGGUGUUUCUGGAAAAUGUCAUCCGCGACGCCGUCACUUACACCGAGCAUGCCAAGAGAAAGACUGUGACCGCCAUGGAUGUCGUGUACGCUCUGAAGCGUCAGGGCCGCACUCUGUACGGCUUCGGUGGCUGAUCAGAAUAUCAAGGCUGUAUAUUACAAACUAGCUCAAAGGCCCUUUUAAGGGCCGCCCACCUUUUCAUGAAAAGAGCUGACACAGUUUGGGUUGCUAAAAGC